GCCGAGUCGCAUCACUUUUGUAAGAAUAUACGCGUUUCAGGACGGCAAGCACUUAAACCCAAGUCCAAGGAUGAAUAUAUAUGGAUUUAUGCGGCUGGGAUUUUCGUGCUUACUUUUCCACGGUUUUUCACCCCUUAGUCAAGGUUCAGAAUGCAGAGCGGGGUGCAAUCUUGACAAUGGUUUUUGUGAAACGAAUGGCGAGUGCAGGCUGCCUUCAUGGAACAUGUGAGAAAGCCUGGCAGUGUAUCUGUGAGCAAGGCUGGGUGGGCAGUCAGUGUGACCAAGAUAUCCAUCUGUGUUCAAUAAAACCUUGUUCUGGCAAUUCAACCUGCAUUGAAACAGGAGAGGGUGGAUACCUCUGCAUCUGUCCUCCUGGAUAUACAGGGAAAAACUGCCAGUUGAAGAAAGGACCAUGUCUAACAAAUGGCUCUCCAUGUCAGAAUGGAGGCACCUGCAUGGAUAAUAGUGCAAUUGACAGUCAAUCUUCUUGCCUCUGUCCACCUGGUUUCACUGGAGAUUUCUGUGAGAUCAGUGUUGACAAGUGUGAGCCUAACCCGUGUCUGAAUGGGGGCACCUGCAUGGAUCAUGGUGUGGACAACAUCUGCCUUUGCCCUUCUGAAUUUUCAGGGCCUAUCUGCAAUGUGAACUUGACUUUGUGCUCCAACAGCACCUGUGGUCAAAGGGACACUUGCUUAAACAAGACUGAUGGUACAACCCGUUGUGUUUGCCCACCAGGUCUAGCAGGGCUUUCAUGUGACCUUCACACUCACAAGCUGAAACCAAAAUCUAGGCCAAAGGCUCCAGGCCCAGAUCAUGCUCCCCAGCACUACAGCCUCCCAGCCCAUGCCUUCCACAAGCUGCUAAGGCCACCUGAGCGUGAACUUUUGAAGAUCACUCUGAAGGAGACUGUGCACACAUCCAGCACCCUGGUCACCCGCAGCCAGGUCAUUUGCUUUGCCGUGCUGGGUCUACUCACAUGCCUGGUUGUCCUGGGAACCACGGGCAUCAUCUUCUUUAAUCGCUGUGAGACAUGGCUAGCGAAUGCUAAGUACAGCCAGCUGGUGCGGCAGCAGAGGGACUACCUCCUGAGGGCUGCCAGUGGCGAGGAGAACUCUGUAAAUAUCAUCCUGCCUGAGAAAAUUAAGCUGACCAAUUAUGGGAAACAUUAUACAUCCAUAUAAGGCAGAACUAAGGAUUUUUGUCAUGUGAGAGGUAAUUGAACAUAAAUGUUAAAGAAAUAGAGGAAAAGAGGAAAAUAUCCCCCAAAAUGAUCAACAAUUUAUCUAGGAAUUCAUGGGUUUCUGCUAGAUUGGACAGUUCAUUGUUGGCAUGUACAAUAAUUACCAUAGUAUGCAUCAUGUGUGGAUAGCGGCUUAGUUAACAUCUGAUGAAUAAAAAAUAUAUCUAUACAAAAUGGCUAAAUAGUUUUGUUACAAAUUACAAAAUACCACAUCUGAAAAUAAAUUACAAACUAAGAUGUGCAUAUUUAAGCAGAAUAAUAAUUUGAAUCGUUCAAUAGUGCCUUUGUAGAGCAGAAGACACAGUUCAGAGAUAAUUGUUGUCAAAAAGGGCAGAGACUAAAAUGAUGAUUAGGAGCUAAAUAAGAAGCUCUUACUAUUUGACCAUAGCCAUUUUAACUUGGCCACAAACACAAUAUUCUAGAGUGCCAACCAAUGUAGAAGUAACAGGAAGUAUUAAGACAUGAGCCAUGCACUGCUGAAAUACACUCUGUACUUAAUGCACAGCUAUCUUGGUCUUCCCUCUUCAUCCUACUGUACUGACAGCCUUUGUUUAACUCACAGAUAACUAUAUCCA